AUGUGCCCUGCAGGACCCCUGUCCUCCGCCACACCCUCCUACCUGAAUGGAGAGUUCCCAGGUGACUACGGCUGGGACACGGCUGGUCUUUCGGCCGACCCGGAGACAUUCGCGCGUUACCGUGAGAUUGAGGUGAUCCACGCUCGCUGGGCCAUGCUGGGCGCCCUCGGCUGCCUCACCCCCGAGCUCCUCUCCCAGAACGGUUUCACGUUCCAGGAGCCGGUCUGGUGGAAGGCAGGCGCGCAGAUUUUGAGCAGCGAGGGUCUGGACUACCUUGGCAAGCCCAACCUGGUCCACGCCCAAUCCAUCGUCGCCACACUCGCAGUCCAGGUGAUCCUGAUGGGCAGCGCUGAGGCGUACCGUGCGGCUGGCAGCGCUCCCGGCGUCGACGGCCUUGACAAGCUGUACCCGGGCGGCCCCUUCGACCCCCUCGAGUUCGCCUCAGACCCCGACACCCUGGCAGAACUGAAGGUGAAGGAGAUCAAGAACGGGCGCCUCGCAAUGUUCUCCAUGUUCGGCUUCUUCGUGCAGGCCAUCGUCACUGGCAAGGGUCCUCUGGAGAACCUCAAUGACCACCUGGCCAGCCCCUAUGCCAACAACGGCUUCGCCGCCGCCACCAAGUUUGUGCCAUGA